AUGGUUGAAGUUUGUGAAUACUUGAUUAAGAAUUAUCCCGAUCUGUUAGAUGUCAGGGACAAAUCUAGCAACACAGUGUUGCAUGAUGCAGGUUGGGGAGGCAAUGUUCAAAUAGUAAAACUAUUGACUGAGAAAAAGUUGGACAUCUAUUCUGUACAGAAACUUGGUAAUACAAUUCUACAUGAAUGCUGUCGUUCUGGUAAAAUGGAGAUGUGUGAGUAUUUGGUCAAUCAUUUUCCAGAUUUAUUGGAAAUAAUGGACAAUGACGGAUGGACAGUGUUACAUUCAGCUUGCAGGGGAGGAAAUUUAGAGAUCGUUUCUUUCCUGAUAAAAAAAGGAUUGGAAUCUUAUGUCUUGUCAAAUGACGGAAAAAAUAUCCUUCAUAGAUCUUGUCUCAAUGGAAAGUUUGAAGUUUGUGAAUACUUAGUUGAGAAUUAUCCCCAUCUAUUAGACGUCAAUGACAAAUCUAAUAACUCAGUGUUACAUGCUGCAGCUUGGGGAGGCAAUGUUCAAAUAGUAAAACUAUUGAUUGAGAAAAAGAUGGACAUCUAUUCUGUACAGGGAGGUGGUGAAACAAUUUUACAUCAAUGUUGUCGCUCGGGUAAAAUGGAGAUGUGCCAGUAUUUGGUCAAACAUUUCUCAAGUUUAUUGAAGAUGAAGGACAGUGAGGGGUGGACUGUGUUACAUUCAGCUUGCCAUGGUGGAAGUGUUGAAAUUGUUUCUUUUCUUAAAGAAAAGGGAAUGGUCAUUAAUACCUUGUCAAAUGAUGGUGAAAGUAUUCUUCAUAAAGCCUGCUUCUAUGGGAAGUUUGAAGUUUGUGAGUACUUAGUUGAGAAUUAUCCCCAUCUAUUAGACGUCAGGGACAAAUCUAGUAAUACAGUGUUGCAUGACGCAGCCCGGGGAGGCAAUAUUCAAAUAGUAAAACUAUUGAUCAAGAAAAAGAUGGACAUUUAUUCUGUACAGGGAGGGGGUGAAACAAAUUUACAUCUGUGCUGUCGUUCUGGUAAAUUGGAGAUGUGUGAACAUUUGGUCAAUCAUAUUCCAGAUUUAUUGGAAAUAAUGGACGCUAAGGGAUGGACAGCCAUACAUUCAGCUUGUAAUGGAGGAAGUGUUGAAAUUGUUUCUUUUCUUAUUGAAAAAGGGAUGGAUUUCAAUGCUUUGUCAAAUGAUGGUAAAACUAUCUUGCAUAUAGCUUGUCUCAAUGGGAAGUUUAAAAUUUGUGUGUACUUAGUUGAGAAUUAUCCCCAUCUAUUAGACUUCAAAGAUAAAUCUAGUAACUCAGUAUUGCAUGACGCAGCCUGGGGAGGCAAUGUUCAAAUAGUAAAACUGUUGAUUGAGAAAAAGAUGGACAUCAAUGCCUUACAGGGAGAUGGUGAAACAAUUUUACAUCAGUGCUGUCGUUCUGGUGAAAUGGAGAUGUGUGAGCAUUUGGUCAAUCAUUUUCCAGAUUUAUUGGUGAUAAAGGACACUGAAGGGUUGACAGUAUUACAUUCAGCUUGUAGGGGAGGAAGUGUUGAAAUCGUGAAUUUUCUGAUAGAAAAUGGAUUGGACUUAAAUGCCGUGUCAAGUGAUGGAAAAAAUAUUCUGCUUAUAGCUUGUCUCAGUGAGAAGUUUGAAGUUUGUGAGUUUUUAGUUGAGAUCUGUCCCCAUUUAUUAGAUCUAGGGGACAGUUGUGGUAAGACAGUGUUGCACUAUGCAGCCUGGGGAGGCAAUGUUCAAAUAGUAAAACUAUUGAUUGAGAAAAAGAUGGAUAUUUAUACACUACUGGAUGAUUGUGAAACAAUUUUACAUCAAUGCCGUCGUUCUGGUAAAAUUGAGAAGUGUGAAUAUUUGAUGGAUCAUUUUCAGAUUUAUUGUCGAUAA